AUGGCAUUCAGCCUUCAUUUCGUCCUGGCGGCCUUGGACGGCCUUCGAGAUGCGUGGAGAGAAGGCAGCCGGAACACAAAAGCAAGAGUCCAAAUUCUGGAGUCCAUCCUGACCCCGCUCUGUAUGCAGCAGCGCUGCCGCGGCUCGUAUCCACCGUUUCGCAUUCCGCAAGCCCUGGUACUACAGCAUCAAGCGCUUCUCAGUCUCCAGCUCCUAGGGCUGCUGCCAGCUACGUGCCCCUCCCCAUCACCUCUAUCAUCUCUGGUGUCGCAUGGCACUUUAAUGAAACCCAGCUUUGCAGGGACUGCGUCCGCAGCUUCUGAGGCAGCUGGGACAGUCAGUCUACCAGCAACUGCAGAAGCACAAGGCGGUGCGUGUGGAAUCGGACUGGCUCCCAUCCCAUCUACCGGCUGGCUCGUACCGCCGUUUUCAAAUCCAGCUGCCGUACACAGUGGAGCGGGUCAAAUCAGCGUGUCUGGAAACGAAGGAUCUGUAUGCAGGGAUGCUUCACUCGUGCACACCUCUGUCCUUGGGGGGCCUACUGAAUGCUUAUGCUGUGGAUAUGGCCAGGUCCGACUGGAUCCUGCGCCUGCAGAAGCAACGGAAUCUUCUACGGAGGAAUCGGGAAUCUUUCCCGGGCGAACCGAUCACUCACAACACCGACCGGGAGGGCGUCUCCAGCAGUCCCCUAGAGAUCGCACCUACAGCACUUCUGAAAGGGCAGCGAGCAUACGCUGCCCUACCCAAACAGGCAACUCAGGUAAAGGCUGUGGCAAUGGAAGUGUGAAGGAUGGUGCUUGCUGUGGCUAUGAUGGAGCCGGAGAGGCAGGAGGUGGGGGACAGACGGUUUCUACUGGAGGUGGGAAGCAGAGAAGAGGCCGAUACCGAACGGCGGCUGUCGUCGCCGAGGAAGGUGACGCUGCUGAUAUUUAUAAGAAACCACGGCCAGCCGUGACUUCAAGACGUGUUCUGCUGCAGAGGCAGCUACAACAGCAUGCUAUCACAGGGGCAACUCCUGGCGCCGAACAACUGUCGACGAACGGAGCCUGGGCCAUGCCCAACGUGACCAGUAUGGCACCCUCUGCGCAGAAUGACAUUGGUGAACAGAGCGUUGCUGCUUCGUGUAGUCAGCAUCUUGCGGAACUAGAGACUGGCGAAACAGACGACCAUUUCACGGAGAAGAACGAAGAGGCCACCAGCAUGUCCAUAUCAGUAAGUAGCACACCCACACCAGGCUCCGCACCAGUUCCGCGCGGCGACGAGGGGGAAGGUUCUGGAGAGCAGCCACCGCAACAGAGUGCGUUAUCUCGUAAUGCUGCUCCUGUGGUGGGAGCUCGGAUGACGAUGGGCAACGACAAAUCUAGUACUGCUGUAGAGGAUGCAGCUGCAGGACGGACAGCAGAAACGAAUCCUGAGCAUCCGCACAGUCACACGUCAUCUUCUCAACUGCAGCAGAGCGGGGCUGCUGCCUCUCCUGCAGCUGGGACCUCUCAGCAGUCAGGCAAACAGGCCUCAGCAGGUGGGGCAUGUGCUUCUAUGACGAUGAAAUCGACGCGGCACAACAAAACAAAGCAGCCGGGAGUUUUUCAAUUCACUAGGGGCAUCAAACGCUUCUGGGCGGCGAGUUGGUACGCUGAUGGUCACCCAGGAUGGAAAGCAUUUUCAGUGGAGAAGUGGGGGAAUUCAGAAGCUCUCAAGCGUGCCAGAAAGGCAUACGAGGAAAAAGUUCCGCAUGGAGCAACAACACUAAAAACGUGUAAUUUGGGAAUUGACGAGACGGAGACCGGAGGAGAAACCUCCGCUACGCCUGCAAGCGGUGCUGAGGUUGCCAAGGGCAGUGAAACCAGUCAACAGGGUACCUGCACUGUCAGCGACACCUCACAGCCAAAACAAAGCACAAACACCUGGAAAGAAUCCCAAAGUUACCCCGACCGCGGUGUCACGCUCCAAGCAAGCAAUACUUCACGAGUGAGCAACGGUCGGAAGAAACAACAAAACCAGUCGGUCGCGGCAGUCGUCGAAUCUACAUUUGACCACAGGGAAACAGAUGUCACCAGCCUCCACCGCAGAAGCGCUGGCGUCUCCUUCGGUAGUAGCAGCGGUAUCUUUAGUGGCGAUACUGGCAUGCAGACGGAUCAAUGCGUCGCACCCACACAACGACAGCAACAACUUCGAGGAGAAGACUUUAUUCAGUCCUUCUGGGAGGACUUGGAUAGCAACGACAGUCAGGAUCUUGGGUCAGGUGGAAUUCUGUCUUUGGAAGGAUCUUCAGGCCGAUACUCCACAUCUUCCUGCUACGACAGUAGUAGCAGCAGUGGAUUCUAUCUGAGAAGUCUCAGCUACAGCCCCAGGCCCGACUCCUGGGGAUGCUCCGACGGCCAGAAAGGCCAAACGGGGGACGGACACAAGCACCAGACAAACAACUUUUUCGGAGAACCCGGCUCAGAUCAUGGUACUCUGCUCGAAGGAAAUCACAGCUCCAGGCACGGUUUCGAGGAUGACGAGCUAUCGUUGCUAAGUCCCUCACAGUUCUUUUUAGGUUCCGAGAACGAUGAUAUCACGGGAAAGUUGCUACUCUCUGGGCCUGACACGGACACACCGAGGGCUUACUAAAAGGCAAUAAACAGCAGUUUACGCUUUUCUGAAUCAGUAGACAGCCUCCUAGAUCAACCAGCACAAUGUCUAUCCAAGAUGGGGCGCCAGAAAACACGUCUACCGGGCGUCUCAUGGUUAACUUUGUCGCACACCGCUAAUUAAUGCACAGAAAUUUCCCCUCGAUAAAGGAGACGACCGAGUCCUUUUUAAAUCGAAAGAUCCCGUAGUACCCUGAUGAUCGUUUUACAUUAUUAUAUGGUGUUCAAUUGGUUCUAUUUCUACAAUAAUUGUCAUCUUACCUAUGCUCUGCUAACAACAUACCUUGGAUCCGGUGAUACACGUG